AUAAAGUCGAUUGUAAUAUCGAUACUGUAUUCUAACUGCAACUUUUCUAAACGCGUCAAUUUCACGUCAUAGUUUUUUGAAUUCUUUUAUUAUUUAUUAGAUGUACCGAGUGAGUUCUAUUAUUUUUGGGUUUAAUAUCAAUUAUCAUAGUAUAUUUACGUUGUUGUGUUCAUGUACAUAACCUACAGAUUGAAUGUGUAAAUUUUCAACUUUGACGGUUAAUAUCAUCAUAGAAUGCCAUGAAUAACCUUAAAGUAGAUAUCUCUGUGCCUUUUCCAAGCGUUAGGGAAGCGGAAGUUGUAUAUCAAGUACUUCGAGUUGACAAGGAACCUAGAAGUGGAGCUACAAAAAAGAUUACAUUAAACAAAAAUAUAUUAGAAGUGUCAUUCAGUGGAACAGAAAUAAGGAAAGUACGUGUAGCACUUACAUCUUUCUUUGAAAAUCUGUCACUAGUCAUAGAAACUAUUCAAAGAUUUGGUCCACCUGCAUCCUCAUUUAAUUAUUAUAAAUGCUUUUUUAAUUAAUUAUAUUUUGCCAAAUAUACAUGU